AUGGACUCUCCAUCAUCUCAGCAGUCAGAGCAGCCGGACGAGUUCCUGGAGGUCAUUGAGAUGAUCGCGGGGAACGACGAACAGGAUGGCGCACAAGUUACCGUCGUCUUGAACGGCAAACGCCUCGCUGUUUCGCUGUUCGCAUCAACGUCGACACAUGAUCACACUGAGGCCAGCGAGGCGCAUGUUGAAGCCCGGGAGACAAUCGACCGCACAAUCGGCCUCAUCAGCCAAUCUCUCUCCACCGAGGACUUCGACGAACAGCAGGCCCUGGAGGACGAGGCGCUACAGCCGAUCCUGGACGCAGCGAAGUUGCUCUGCGCCGAGACCACCACAUCACCCACGGACCGUCCUGCUACUUCAAUACCUACAGUGACCUUGGACAGAAUCUUGUUCCCGGAGACCUCUUACUAUCGUCUGGAAGCAACGGAAGACGGCCUCAGACUCGUAUCUAUCAACUCGAAUGAGUCAUACGGAAGGAGCUACGAGCAAGACGACGACGACGACAUGCAGGGCGGGUACCACGCAGAGAUCGAGAUCGACACGUCUCUCCCACAGUACCCCCCGAGCACGGUCGAGGUGGCAGAAGAGCUCGUCGGCGGCGGCGGCACCGUCUGCCGCGUCAGGGUCGACGGCCGCGACAUGCUGUGCAAGGCGCGGCCCGACGGCAUACGCGACAUGAACCUCGAGCGGGAGGAGGAGUGCCUGCGCAAGAUGGCGGCGGCCAUCCCGGACCUCUCGGCGGUGCGCGUGCCGGCGCUCCUCGGGUAUGUGAAGCACCCGCGCUCGGGGAUCGUGCUUGGGAUACUCAGGGAGUGGGUCCCCUCCAAGACGAGCCUGCGGGAUCUUCAGGAUGAGGGUUUGGAGGGCGUUGCGGAGGAGCGGCGGAGGGCUUGGGCGCGCCAGAUCACCGAGACGGUUGAGAGUCUCCAUGCUGUUGGCCUAGUGUGGGGGGAUGUUAAACCGGGUAAUGUGAUUAUUGGCUUCGAUGAUAAGGCUUGGUUGAUUGACUUUGGUGGUGGUUGGACCGAGGGCUGGGUGGACGAGGACAUUGAAGGGACCGUUGAGGGUGACAAGCAAGGCGUGAAGAAGAUGGUAGAGCUGCUGGGGAUUGAUGCAUGA